UAUUAGUAUUUUUUUAAAAAAGAAAAUGAUGAAAUUCAUAUAACCCUUGUCCUUGCAUUAUUUCUCUAACACAAGUCACAGUAAGACUAUAAAAUCGUUUUAUUCUCUUCUCCUGCAAUACCACUCCAUACACCCAAUCCAAUCACUCCUUCCCUAACCUUUUUCUUCUUUUCAUUUCUCCUUCUCUCCCAAAUCCGAAAAUGGCCUCCAAGGAGCCCGAACACGAACCAAGAGCCGACGAGGAGGAGACUACCGCCGCCGAGGACGAGGACACCGGUGCUCAGGUUGCUCCGAUCGUCAAACUUGAGGAGGUCACCGUCACUACUGGUGAAGAGCACGAGGAGGCCAUCCUCGAUCUUAAGUCGAAGCUUUACCGAUUUGACAAAGAUGGAAAUCAGUGGAAAGAGCGAGGCGCUGGUACCGUCAAGUUUUUGAAGCACAAGGAGAGUGGCAAGGUUCGUCUUGUUAUGAGGCAAUCCAAAACCCUCAAGAUCUGCGCCAAUCAUCUUGUUUUGCCAACCAUGACUGUGACAGAACACGCUGGUAAUGACAAAUCUUGUGUGUGGCACGCUACGGAUUUCGCUGAGGGUGAAUUGAAGGACGAGCUUUUUUGCAUUAGAUUUGCAUCAGUUGAAAAUUGCAAACUCUUCAUGGAGACUUUCCAAGAAGUUGCUGAGUCGCAACAGCAGAAGGAAGACAAUGAAGAUGCAUCUGCAGCUGCUGGGCUUCUUGAGAAGCUGAGCGUUGAAGAAAAAAAGACUGAGGAGAAAACUGAGGAAAAGGAAGAAAAAAAGACUGAGGAAAAGGAAGAAAAAAAGACGGAGGAAAAAGCUGAGGAAAAGGAAGAAGAGUCGGAGAAGAAGGAGCCUGCUUCCUCUACUUAAGAAUAAUUCUUGGUACUAUACAUUUGGAUUAAGAGAGUAGUCGAAUGCCUUCUUUUCCACCCGUGCUAGGGGUAUUUGUUCUGGUAUUGGGUCAGUGGAUUGUGGUUUAUGGGCUGAAAUGCCGUUGGUCAAUGCGUCCUUAUUCACUUGGUAGUUCUAUCAAGAUUGGGUCGAACUUUUUGGGUCAUGUUUGCAGGUUGAAGAUUGUUUUCUUUUUCUUUUUCCAGUUUGGGUGUUAUAAGAGUUUUUAAGUAGGAUUUACGUUAUUGUUAUAAUAGUCGAGAGUUAAGUUGCAGGUAUUUAAAGCAUUACUGCGAGAAUUACUUGUUAUUUUAGACGAGUUUCUUUUGCGAUAUAAUUUCUUUAUUUGUUCAGGGGUCUCAAAA